AGUGCCAGGGACCUGGAAGGGAGAGGAGGAUCCGCCGCCAGACAGAGUUCUGCGGCUCUUACUCAGAGUUGAGUAGGGAGGUCAGAGCCUCCUCCGGACUGGUCCCUCCUCACCCGGAGUGACUAUCUCCAAACCCCACCGCCACCCACUGCGUCGCCAGGGAUUCUAGGGUGAAUUAUUCCAGGAAGUUACAAUGAGAGAGCCGAAAAACUAAGUCACUCCUGGCCAGCCAACCACAGUGACAGAAAAGUGUUGCGCCCACGCUGGUGAGUUGCGGGGCUUCUUUGGGAGGCCGAAGAAAGGGCAGUGGAGACAUUUGGGGACCUGGUGGUCUGGGUCUCUCUUCCUCAUGGCUUCAUCCAGUGGCUCCAACCACAUCUGCUCCCGUGUCAUCGAUCACAGCCAUGUUCCUGAAUUUGAGGUGGCCACUUGGAUCAAAAUCACCCUCAUCUUGGUGUACCUGAUCAUCUUUGUGGUAGGCAUCUUGGGCAACAGCGUCACCAUCAGGGUUACGCAGGUAUUGCAGAAGAAGGGCUAUUUGCAGAAGGAGGUGACAGAUCACAUGGUCAGUUUGGCUUGUUCAGAUAUCUUGGUCUUUUUGAUUGGCAUGCCCAUGGAGUUCUACAGCAUCAUUUGGAACCCCCUGACCACACCCAGCUAUGCUCUGUCCUGUAAGCUCCACACGUUCCUCUUUGAGACGUGCAGCUACGCCACACUGCUGCACGUGCUGACCCUCAGCUUUGAGCGCUACAUUGCCAUUUGUCAUCCCUUCAAGUAUAAAGCAGUGUCUGGACCUCGCCAGGUGAAACUGCUGAUUGGCUUUGUAUGGGUCACCUCCGCCCUGGUGGCACUGCCUUUGCUCUUUGCCAUGGGUAUCGAGUACCCUCUGGUAAACGUACCCACUCACAAGGGACUCAACUGCAACCUCUCUCGCACCCGCCACCACGAUGAACCUGGAAACUCCAAUAUGUCCAUCUGCACGAACCUCUCCAACCGUUGGGAGGUCUUCCAGUCCAGCAUCUUUGGGGCCUUUGCUGUUUACCUGGUGGUCCUGGCGUCUGUGGCUUUCAUGUGUUGGAAUAUGAUGAAAGUGCUAAUGAAGAGCAAGCAGGGCACUCUUGCAGGGACCGGGCCACAGCUCCAGCUGAGGAAGUCAGAGAGUGAGGAGAGCCGGACAGCAAGAAGACAGACCAUCAUAUUCCUGAGACUGAUUGUGGUGACGUUGGCCGUGUGUUGGAUGCCCAAUCAGAUCCGACGGAUCAUGGCUGCAGCAAAACCCAAACAUGACUGGACCAGAACGUACUUCAGGGCAUACAUGAUCCUCCUGCCCUUCUCUGAUACCUUCUUCUACCUCAGCUCUGUGGUCAACCCUCUCCUCUACAACGUGUCCUCUCAGCAGUUCCGGAAGGUGUUCUGGCAGGUGCUCUGCUGCCGCCUGACUCUGCAGCAUGCCAACCAAGAGAAACGCCAGCGUGCCCGCUUCAUCUCCACCAAGGACAGCACCAGCUCAGCCCGCAGCCCCCUCAUCUUCCUAGCCUCCCGGCGCAGUAACUCUUCCUCCAGGAGAACUAACAAGGUUUUCUUAAGCACUUUUCAGACUGAGGCCAAGCCUGGAGAGGCUAAGCCCCAGCCCUUGAGUCCUGAGUCACCACAGACUGGCUCAGAGACCAAACCAGCUGGGUCCACCCCAGAAAAUAGUUUACAGGAGCAGGAAGUAUGAAUGGCAAGUUCAGAAGCCUUGAGCCGAAACUGGCUCUCCCCUCCCGCAAAAGCAAAGUUACCUUCACGCAGCAGCAGUCUCUGAAUAGACUGUGACUCCUACUGGGACAGAAUGGAAGCUCAAGGCUUUGGGAAAGGCAGAUGCGUAUCUCAAUGACUUCUAAGGGCUGGUUCUUCCAGGCUAGCCUUGGCGGUGGUUAACCAGAUUGGGAUGGGAGGGUCUGGACUUUCUGCUCCAUGCUUUUUUCUUCAACUACACACAGAAAUUCAGAAUGAAUUGGUUCAGAGCUUACAAAAGUAUUUGUGCACGGCAAUCUUGCGUUACUUGAAAGGAGGGAACAAAAAGACUCCCUUGUCUACCCAGAAUAAAAGGACACCCAGAAGAGACUCGGGAAGGUGAGAGACGAAGGGCCAGACAGGUGAGGCAGCAGGGGUUGGCAUCUCCUUUAGCUUCAGCAGUGUGCCAAGCAGAGGGCUAAGUGGAAGAACAGGAGAGUGGUGAGAAGCCCUGGCCUGAUGGCCGAGGCAGAGCUGCCUCUCUUCUUGGGCCUCGGCCCAUUGCAAAGAGGGGUGUUGCAGCAGCUGAUGCACACGGAGUUCAGUUUCCCAGGGGAACAGAAGGACUGGUACCCAGCUGAAGCAAUGAGACAGGCUGCUGACGAUGCACACGACUUCCGGUACAUGAUCCCUAUAACACAGGCCCAGAGAAGUGGGGUUAGCAUAUGUGAUCUGCAGUCCAGCUAUCUCUUUGUGCCCAAAUCUGAGUGCAUAACCUUUCCUUAACUCCUCCCACAGAAAGGGCUCUUAUCUCCUGAUCUGGGAGAUGGUUCAGGGGAUAAGAAUUCUCAGACUUAUUGGAGUCUGGGAGUUCUUUUGGGUGGGCAUGGAGGUCACCAAACACACAGAACUUAUGGUGAAUGUUGUUCCAACAGAGAUUUUAGUUGCUGGUGUCCAUGAAUAAAGAGCUAUUAAAAUCAAAGUCUCCCCUCACCACUCUGUGUGUGCAAUGCAUGUGUAUAUGUUCAUACAUGCAAUGUAUGUAUAUAUGUUCAUGUAUGCAAUGUAUGUGUAUAUGUGAGUGCAGUAUCCUCAGAUUCCAGAAGAGGGAAUUGGAUUCGUUUGGAAUUGGAGUUACAGGCAGUUGUGAGCUGUCUUAAGGAGGUGUUGGGAGCUAAACUCAAGUCCUCUGCAUCCUUGUAACCAUCUCUCCUGCCCCUACACUCAGCUUUUUAAUAUGGGUUCUAAGGAUCAAAGAAAGUUAAGCCCUCAUGGUUGCAAUGGCAAACACAUUACCGAUGCAGCCAUGUCUCCAGCAACAAUGUCUAUUUUAAAGUCAGCUCCUAAUUUAUACUAGACAACAAGGUUUUUCUUUCCUUUGUUACUGUUUAAACCAUCUCACGCUAGCAGCACAGACAACAUAUCCAGAUAUUAUUUUCAUUAUCACCUAAUAAGUGGCCAUAGAGAGAUGGCUACCAACCAGGAAUUUAUUAAAUCCAAAGAGCAAAUCCCAAAGGGAGCAAUCCCACUGUCUAUUGUAGGGACUUCACUUUUAGGGGUAGACUAAGUUUAAAGGGCAAAUAGAGAGGCACUAGCAGGCACCGACAGCAUGCUCAGGACAAUCUGUUCUCUGGGAAAGCCUGGUUCUCUGGAAGAAGUUUUGACCCCAGGACAAGUUGAAUCAAAGAGCUGGUUCUUGAUGACAGGUGCUGUGGUAACAGAAUGUUUCCCAAGGGACUGGGAAAUGAUUCAGUGGGCAAAGAGCUUGCCAUGCAAGCAGGAAACCCUGAGUUAAGAUCCCCAGAACUCUAAGAGAAAACCCCAGGUGUGCUAACACAAGCCUAGCUCCUCCCACACUCUACAUGAGAAGGCAGAAGGGAUUCCUGGAGCUUAGUGUCCAGCUGGCCUAACGAUGCAGGUUCAGAGAGAGACUAAUAUGGAGAAGUAGUUGAGACAGACACCUGAUAUUGACCCCUAGCUUCCUCACACAUGUGCACACAACACACAAAUGCACCUGCAUGUACAUGUUCACUCACCCACACAUACAAAGAAGCUUCCUGAAGGGACCACAGAACUCACUCAUCUUCAGGAGUCAUCUAUGAUGAGCAUGUGAUUUUUAUUUUUUAAGCUAUGAGUUUACUACAGUUAAGCAAUAGUGACAGUGAUAACAAGCCUAGCAGGCAUGAGGCCCUAGGUUCCACUCAGCACUGCAUACAUGGGUUGUAGUAUGCAUUCUUGUAACCCUAGCACUUGGGAGGUAGAGGCAUGGGAGUUCAUGGGAGUUCAUCCUCAGCUACAUUGUCAGUUUGACGAUAUCUGGACUACAUAAGGUCCUGUCUCAAAGGAGUUACAAUUUUAAUAGCCCCGUGUAAGGGCCGUCCUGGAUGUCAGGCACUGUACAGGUGGCUAUCAUAUGCCAGCUUACUUAGUUCCAUUUAUAAAUUUAGAUAUAGUGUGCCCUUGAAAGGCCUGUGUAGAAAAAGUUUGGUUCCCAGCAUGGAGAGCUAGGAGGUGGGUACAGGGAGAGGUCUCAGGUCACAGCAUGUGUACUCCUAAAGAGGACAGUUGUGACCCCUCUCCCUCCCUGUCAUGUGUGUGUGUGUGUGUGUGUGUGUGUGUGUAUGUGUGUGUGUGUGUGUGUGUGUACAUACGUGGAGGCCAGAAGGAAAUCUCAGAUGCCCUCAGGAACCACCCAUCUUGAUUUUUGAGGUAAGGUCUCUCACUGUUCCGAUUAGACUACACUGAGUGGCCAGUGAGCCUGAAGUCCCUGAAAUCAUAAGCAUGUACCACCACAUACGGAUUUGUUUAAAGCAUGUGUUCUGGGAAUCAAACUCGGGCUCACAUGCUUGCACAUUGCUGACUGAGAGAUCUCCACAGCCCUUUCAAAACUGUUAGCCCAAACAAGUCUUUCUUCUCCCGACAUUGAUUAAUGUAAGCAUUGUGUGCAUUUUAAGCACACAGUGAUGACAAGCUGACUAGCGUGGCUUGAAAGUACUAGGGUGAAGGGUCACAUGAUCUUCUCUAUCGUGCAGAUCCAGAGCCUGGGAGCUAGUUACUGAGGCUUAGUAACUUGCACAGGUCCCAUCAUCAGACUCUCUCCUGUCAUCUGCUAUAGAACCUUUCACAGUGACAGCUGUAGCUUGAGUGAGAAAUACCCUCCAUAGGCUCAUGUGAUCAGCAUUUGGUCUCUGGGUAGCGGCACUGCUUGGAAAGGUUCUAGAGCAUUUAGAGAAGGCUGGAGGAAGUGGAUCACUGGAGAUCAGCCAUGAUGUUUGAUAGCCUGGUCCUAUUUCUUGUGUGAAUGCUGCUUCCUGACUACAGAUGCAUUGUGCUCUUGCUAUCUGCCCUGUGAUGGACUGUAUCCUUCUUAAACUUAAGCUGUACCAACCUAGUGUCACAGCACAGCUGUGGAUGUGGCCCAACACAUUUGUGGAUGGUAAUGUCAUAUCAUAAUGUCAAAAGCCUGGACAGUCCUGCAUGUGUGCCAAAAUAAACCUUUCAGAUUUUUGUGUCAA